AUGGACAGAAAGAGCAAAAAUGAAAAGGAACAAAAGUUACUAAGUCAAAUCAACUCGAAAAUGAUGUUAGAAAGAGCAAUAUACAUAAGUGAUCUCAGUUUAACAAAAGUUAAGACGUAUAACACAGAAAUGGACAUCGAUGAUUUUCUUGAGAAACCAACACUGCCUGACAAUUACGAGAACCAUCUCUAUCUCUUUAUACAGUAUUGCAAGUGGUACUAUGUAUUCAACGACAAGGAUGUCAAGAAGCUGCCACCGCAGAGAAUGUAUCCGAUGAGCCUCUGUGAUACAAUAGAUAUGGUACUUGACGUGAAACAGCUUCAUAAGCAAGUGAUCAUUCUAUCAGAAAAAUAUGACGUAGGUUUUAUAUAUAUGAAGGUAAAAUAUUUCAGCAGUGAUUAUUUUGAGCUUAUAAUUGAAAAUGUCGGGUAUACAAUUUUAAAUAGGAAAAGAAACAUGAAUAGUGAAACGUUCAUGAUAAAACUAGACAGACCUGUAAAAUAUAUAGAUUAUCUUUUUAGGGGUAAUGGAAUAAAUCGUCGUCUAAGAUCCAUAUAUUAUCGAGAACAUCAAAAUAAGAAUUAA